UUGGUUAUAAUGCGAGGUCACGUCAAGCGCAUGGCAUCUGUAUGUAUACAAUCCCAGGAACAUAACAGUAAACGAACGACACUGGAUAUUCUAUGAAACACGAAAUUCAGAGCAGCAACAAUGAUGUCAACUAGAUUGAGUGGAGAAGAGCACUUUGAUUUUUGUACAAGACCAAAACGGCAACGCCUGGAAGCCCCCAAGCAUUAUGACGUGAAUGGAAGUGGUCCGAAGUGCCUCGAGUUAGAAGGGGUCAUUUCUGUACUGAAGGAAUACGACGAUUACGACGGCGGGAUUAACUGCAGCAUGUGCGGGAAGCUGUACAAGAGCAAGGUAUGCUUCAUCAAACAUAUCUGGGAGCACAGCAUCUACUGGGGUUUUGCAGACCGAAAGAAUCAUGAGAGGGUUCUGUCCAUCCAAGCAGCUUUAAUCUUAUAUAGUGGUUACCAUGGCGUUGCCAUGGAUGACGACAACAUGCUGACCCAUCUCCUUGUCACCUCCCCAGGAAGCCAUGGAACUGGGGAAAAGAAAUCCAUCCCUGAGUCCCAGAUACUUGAAAAUGGAAUCACAGCUGAAAGGAAAAUUUUGGCGCAGCACCGGAAUAAAGUCAAGGCUUCGAGAUUCUCGGAAACUUCUCCAUUGAAGAGAAAACGUGAAGACUGAUUGUCUCGUUUGAACUGUAAAUAAACUGACUGUGAUUGGACAAUUAUACUGUGUUGGACUGAUUGAAGAUGGAUGCUUGCAGAAUGAAGAAGUGGUUUACAGAAAUGUGUCCACAAGUUGACUUUACAGUGAUGAUUUUUUAGACAAUUAGUUCAUAAUUGUUGUUUUUUUAAUAUGAGACUCUGACUGUUAACUAAUCUUUGUAGUCUUUAGGGGCCGUUCAUAAUAUAUAUAUAUUUUAUUUUUAUUUUUAUAUUUUUUU